ACUGGUCGAAAGGUACUACACAGGUAUGUGGCCAUUGGGAAAAUUGAAUCAGUAACAGCCCUUGAUGUAAUUAGACAAGCGUCGUUAAUAAUUGGUCAAUCCACUGAACUAGCAGAAGCGAUAGUUGACGCAAUUUGGCUACAUGAUGUACCUAAUUGGUUCCAUCUUGGUUUGAGAUUCUUUCCCCCGUUUAGGUACAAAUCAGCGCAACUAAACUCAGGCCAGCACACUGUCAUCUUGCGGCACUGGUGGAGGCUUUGCAAGCAGCUGGUGUUGUAUCGUGUUCUUCAGCGCAGAGAAAUUGAACUCGUCCCAAUGAGGCAAGCCCAAGCUUGA